GCUUGAAGGCCAGCCACCAUCAUGCAGGACACAGCCUGUAUCCAGACCAGGAAGUUCAGGACCAACCAACUACUUCCAGGGACACAAAGGGUCAUCCGUGUCCUCCACCCUGGGAAGACAACGGUACCUAAGACAGAAAUUUGGGGAAAACUAGCCAAAAUAUACAAGAGGACUCCAGAUGUCAUCUUUGUCUUUGGAUUCAGAACCCAUUUUGGGGGUGGCAAAACAACCGGCUUUGGCAUGAGUCAUGAUUCCUUGGAGGAUUAUGCAAAGACAAAUGAGCCCAAACACAGGCGUGCAAGACACGGCUUGUAUGAGAAGAGCAAGACCUCCAGGAAACAGAGAAAAGAACGCAAGAACAGGAUGAAGAAAGUCGGGGGAACUGCAAAGGCCGACGCUGGUGCAGGACAAAAGGGAGGAGUAUAGAGUCUGCAGUGACUGUGUCUGCGGUGACUGUGCAAAAUUUUC